UCUUCCCGCCAUAAAUAAGGGGUACAUAUAUAAGAUCAUGUGCCCCGUCCAUUCAUCUGUUCAAAUUUAAACGCAACAUUUCUCAGGAUUGAAAUAGCUCAUCGUGGAAGAAAGAAAGAAAGAAAGAAAGAGAGAAAGAAUGGAUUCAAGAUUUGAAGAUGCACCUUCUGGGUCUGAAUCAUCUGGAAAUUAUGGGUGCAAGCAUUACAGAAGGAGGUGCAAGAUCAGAGCACCCUGCUGCGACGAGGUCUUUGAUUGCAGGCACUGCCACAAUGAAGCUAAGAACGCUUUGGAAAUUGAUCCCCUCUAUCGACAUAAUGUUCCUCGCCAUGAAGUUGAAAAGGUCAUAUGCUCCCUCUGCAGAACAGAACAAGAUGUUCAACAAAAUUGUAUACAAUGUGGAGCAUGCAUGGGGAAAUACUUCUGCCAGAAAUGCAAAUUUUUUGAUGAUGAUAUCUCAAAGAAACAGUACCACUGUGAUGAAUGUGGAAUAUGUAGAACUGGUGGCAAGGAGAACUUUUUCCACUGCAACAAGUGUGGAUGUUGUUAUUCUAAUAUGAUUAAGGAUGCACAUCACUGCAUUGAAAGAGCUAUGCAUCACAAUUGCCCGGUUUGCUUUGAGUUUUUGUUUGAAUCAAUAAAUGAUAUCACUGUUCUACAAUGCGGACAUACAAUACAUUUGGAAUGCCUCAAAGAGAUGCAGUCUCACUACCAGUAUUCAUGCCCUAUUUGCUCAAAAUCCAUCUGUGAUAUGUCAGAGUGUUGGGAAAAACUUGAUGAAGAGGUUGCUUCAACUCCAAUGCCGGAAAUGUACAAUGACAGGAUGGUGUGGAUACUAUGCAAUGACUGUGGGGAAGUAUCUAAGGUGCAAUUCCACAUCUUGGGUCACAAAUGCUUGAGGUGCAAAUCUUAUAAUACAAGACAGAUACAAGGAGCACCUGCUUCUUCUGCAUGCCCUUCUGGAGUUGCAGAGAUGGUGAGAUGAAUUUCUAUUAGUGAAUUUUGAAGAAGAAGCUGCAAGCAGAGAAAUAUGAACAAAGUGGUAUAAAAUUGUAAAGAUUAGAGCUUGAUUACAUUUCAACCUAUGCCACUACCUAUAGAUUCAAAUGUGCUGUAAUAUUGGUUUGCUGGUUUACCUCCUUCUAGUCAUUUACCAACUAGGGUCGCAAGGCAGGGUUUACUCAGUGCGCACCUUCGAGUAGUGGCUAUGGGUUUCCCUCGUCACUCAAAAAAAUUGUGUUGUAAUACUAUAGGAAUGAAAAGAAAAGCCAACUUGCAUUUUACAGAUGAUUUACCAGGUCAUUUACUGAGUACAACAGCAAUACAUGUGCUAACUGCUACUUAAACAUGUCCAGAGAGGAUGACAAGUGGAGGGCUCAAUCUGAUCUUCUCAUCUUGAUAUUAAGAGGGACUUGUUUGUAGGACUGCACCCUCCCGGCUGCUCUGCGCAACGGUCUUCCAAGAGCAGUUCUCUUUGAGCAGCAAGAUUUGUGUUCCAAGGGAGGAGCAAGAUCUUCUUCCUGAGCACGAGCUAGACUGUCAUAUUGCCUCGCAAUAUCUUCAAAUUCAGACACCCUCUUGGCUGGCUCUUGCUGCUGCAUUCUGGGGCAAGCAGAUUGCCUCCUCAAACAAUGCCUAUACAUAUUAGGAUUCAAGAUAAUCAAUAUAGGGAAAAUUAUCACCAGAAAGCUGGUUUUUGCUGUUGCAUUACUGUAUGUUAUCAAGAAAGCUGACCUUUUAUUUUCUGUGGAUCCCUUUUCUGCAGCUUGCUGGGAGGUAGCUGAACUUCCCAUUGCUGAAAAGAGUCUGGAAGUUAGUGACCAAAGUUCAAAUAGUUGAAAGUAAGCAUAUGAAUAUUGUCUGCAUGAAAUCUAGCCAUUUACAUCUACUCCUUGAGGCAGGAAGCUUCCUGUUGAUUUUACUAGGAUUCAUAUCUGCAUUUGGUACAGAAUCCCCAACUCCUGUCUCCUUAUUCUACAUAAAAGAGCACAGAAAUAACAAUUACAAGAAAAUUUGUUGA